AUGUCCAGCAACACCUCCGACUCGUACUCUGACUUCUUCCGCCGUCGCACCAUGGGCCGCGCACCGUCGCCACCCACGUGGGCGUGCUACGAGCAGAUCCCGUACGCGGACGACUACUCGGACUCGGGCUCCGACGUCGACUCGUGCUCCGAGGACGAGGAGGAGUACCACCACGCCUCCGCUGCCGACGCCGAGCGCCCGUCGCCGGCCUCUGCGCCCGCUGCCGACCGCGCGGACGGCGACAUGGAGAUCGACGAGGGCGACGAGCCCAUGUCUGCCGACCGCGUCGCCGAGGCGUUCAAGAAAGACGUCAAGGGCAAGCAGCGCGCCGUCGAGCACUUCGACAGUCCGCCCCCCAAGCGCGAGCACCGCAAGAAGCCCCGCCAGCCCGUUUUCACCCUCCGCCCCAUCCUCACCAUCCAGAAGAGCCAGGGCUUUGUGUGGAACCAGGAUCUGUUUGUGCCUCCCUACAUCAAGGACCGAUAUGUUGCGUCGACUUCCCCCUCGAACGCUCGCGGGUUCGUGUCGUCGUCCGUAUCGUCCACCGCAUCUUCCAUGAUGGAGUACGAGGUCGAAGUCGUAGAGAUCCGCGUGCGGGAGGGUGAGCUGAACGAUAUCAUCCCCUGA